AUGGAUGCAGAGAUGGCUUCCUGGAAGUCCACAGGCACCUACGUUGACGCGGUUCCCCCUCCUGGGGCGAACAUCGUCAGUGGCAUGUGGAUCUUCAGGGUGAAGCGGCCGCCGGGCUCUCCACCUGUCUUCAAGGCACGGUACGUUGCUCGUGGCUUCAGUCAGCGGCAUGGAGUUGACUACUUUCAGACCUUCUCUCCCACCCCGAAGAUGACUACUCUUCGGGUGCUGCUGCACAUAGCUGCUCAGCGCGACUACGAGCUUCACUCUCUCGACUUCAGCACUGCGUUCUUGCAGGGUAGCCUGCACGAGGAGAUCUGGCUUCCCCGUCCACCUGGCUUUACUGGGACUUUCCCUCCUGGCACCCAGUGGAGCCUCCGACGGCCAGUCUACGGUCUCCGCCAGGCACCGCGUGAGUGGCACGACACACUGAGGACUACGCUUGCGGCUCUUGGGUUUGCUCCUUCUACUGCUGACCCGUCGCUGUUUCUUCGCACCGACACUUCCCUGCCGCCGUUCUACAUCCUCGUGUACGUCGACGACUUGGUCUUUGCCACAGCAGACACUGCUGGACUCGCCUACGUGAAGUCCGAGCUGCUGAAGAGACACACGUGCACAGACCUCGGUGAACUGCGCAGCUACCUUGGCUUGCAGAUCACUCGGGACAGAGCACGCCGCACCAUUACCUUGACUCAGUCACACAUGGUGCAGCAGGUCCUUCAGCGCUUCGGCUUCACGUACUCCUCGCCUCAGGCCACUCCUCUGCCUACUCGCCACUCACUCUCAGCUCUGCCUUUGGAUGAGUCCGUAGAGUCGAGUGGUCCACCGGAGCACAUGGCUGCAGCGAAGAGGGUAUUGCGUUACCUGUGCAGUACGUCGGGCAUGGGGCUAGUGCUUGGAGGGCGGAGUCCAGUGGUCCUUACCGGCCACGCGGACGCUUCUUGGGCUGACGACCAGGCUACGCAGCGGUCGUCACAGGGUUACACCUUCAGCCUUGGUUCCGGCUCUGUCUCGUGGCGGUCUACUCGCUCGUCUUCAGUUCUCGGCUCCAGUUGUGAGGCUGAGAUCUACGCCGGGGCCAUGGCUGCACAGGAGCUUCGCUGGCUCACCUACCUGCUGACUGACCUUGGAGAGCCGCCUCGUUCUCCUCCAGUGCUGUACGUAGACAACAAGGCUAUGCUGGCCUUGUGUCGAGAGCAGCGCUUGGAGCACAGAACGAAGCACAUUGCUCUCCGCUACUUCCUUGCUCGUGAGCUGCAGCAGCGUGGUCAGUUGCGACUUGCGUACGUGGCCUCUGAGGCCAACACUGCUGAUGUGUUCACCAAGGCACUCGCGCCUUGUGACCAUCAGCGCUUUUGCACCCAGUUGGGUCUUGUGCCUGUCUUGCCUCACUUGCUCUCCUCUUGA